AUGCUCGAUGUGCAUCACCCUCGAUCACUAUCGAUCAAGAACAACCUUGGAAUCAUUCUGAAGAAUCAAGGCACGCUGGAAGAGGCGGAGAAAGCAUAUCGAGACAUUCCAGCGGUGGAGCAAAUGGCCCCCGGCGAUGACGGUAUGCGCUUGUUGGCGACCAAAAACGAUUUAGCGCUGGUGUUUCGAAGUCAAAGGAAUUUUUCAGAAGCUGGACCCGUGCACGGAGAAGAGUUGGAACUAACCUUCGCCAAAUGGGGGCGAAGAACAUAUGUCAACCCUCACAAGCCAACACAAUCUAGCCCUGGCGUUAAAACAUCUGGGUAA